AUGGCUAACUACCCAACCUACGCCGAUCAAAAAGAAUGGAAAGAGAUACAAUCUUUCCUCCCGAAACGUCUCCAUUUCACGCCUGAUCACUCCCCAGUUGAAGAAGUCUGGCAUCACCGUGGCCAUGCCCUUCAUCUCGACAGAUGGCGCAAUCCUUCUGCUGAAAUCCGGUUGAUCAUGCAUCACGGAAUGGGCACAAACGGACGAAUGAUGUCGAUGAUUCUCGGUGUGCCUCUUCACGAAGCAGGCUUUGAACUCGUCGCCAUCGACAUGCCUGGCUAUGGCUGUACUGUUCCAGCCAAGAACUACGUGUGGGACUUUGAUGACUGGGUCAAUAUCUCGAGUGAAUUCGUCGAUCAUGAGUAUGGGAAUGACUCGCGACCCAUUGUGCUGUACGGGCUCAGUGCAGGUGGAGGACUGACCUUCCAUUCGGCGGGUUUGAACGGGAAGGUGAAGGGUAUCGUUGGGAUGUGUUUCAUGGACAUGCGUAUACAGUCUGUCGUAGACGCAACCUGUCGAAACCUCUUUAUGAGUCGCGUCGGUGCGCCAAGCAGUGGCAUAAUGGACCGUAUCGGCCUAGGCUGGUUUUCUAUGCCCAUGUGGCUGACUGGCCGAAUGUCCACGCUGGUCAAUAACCAACAAGCACUGCAAGCGUGCUACAGGGAUAAUACAUCUGCGAACGCGUGGGUGACUAUGAAGUUCCUGGCGUCGUUCAUGUCUUACAAACCGGUCAAGGAACCAGCUGAGUUUGAUGUCUGUCCUAUUCUUUUGACACAGCCUGCCGAGGAUAAGUGGACGCCGUUGUGGGUGUCGGAGGCGUUUUUGAGGGACAUCACCAAGGUUCCCGUCAAGAAGGUCAUGUUGGAGGGUGCAGGACAUUACCCUCUUGAGGAUACAGGGUUAAAGCAGAUGAGUGAGGCCAUUGUUGCAUUUCUGAAGGACAUUGGUGCAAACUCCUAG